AUUUUUCUCCAAACCAAGAGACCUAAACCCUAAUUACCACUAUAAAACACCGGCCAAAACCCUAUCCAACCAUACUGCGCCUCUCUCGCUCGGUGCUGAACUUUGGACGCAUUCUUUUUCUACCCAAGGACUAGCUGCAAUGAGACCUCCUCGAGGACGUGGUGGCGGUGGUGGAUUCAGGGGCAGGGGUGAUGGAGGCAGAGGUAGAGGCAGAGGUGGUGGAGGGAGAGGCGGCGACAGAGGUAGUGCCAUGGGAGGCCGUGGUGGUGGACGUGGUGGCCGAGGCGCUGGUGGAAGAGGCCGGGGUGGAGGUAGAGGUGGAAUGAAAGGUGGAAGUAAGGUUGUGGUUGAGCCUCAUAGACAUGGAGGAGUAUUCAUUGCUAAGGGUAAAGAAGAUGCUAUUGUUACUAAGAAUUUGGUACCUGGUGAAGCUGUUUACAAUGAGAAAAGGAUCUCUGUACAGAAUGAAGAUGGCACAAAAGUAGAAUACAGAGUCUGGAACCCAUUUCGGUCUAAGUUGGCCGCUGCCAUUAUUGGUGGUGUUGAUGAGAUUUGGAUUAAACCUGGUGCUCGGGUCCUCUACCUUGGGGCUGCUUCAGGAACCACUGUCUCCCAUGUGUCUGACAUUGUUGGGCCUACUGGAGUGGUUUAUGCAGUGGAGUUUUCUCAUAGAAGUGGUAGGGACCUGGUUAACAUGGCAAAGAAGCGCACUAAUGUUAUCCCCAUAAUUGAAGAUGCUAGGCAUCCAUCGAAAUAUCGAAUGCUAGUUGGCAUGGUGGAUGUAAUAUUUUCUGAUGUUGCACAGCCUGAUCAGGCAAGGAUUCUAGCAUUGAAUGCAUCAUAUUUUCUUAAAGCUGGAGGCCAUUUUGUAAUUUCUAUCAAGGCCAACUGCAUAGAUUCUACACAACCUGCUGAGGCUGUAUUCCAGAGUGAAGUGAACAAGCUAAAGCAGGAUCAGUUCAAGCCAUUUGAACAAGUUACGCUUGAACCUUAUGAGCGUGACCACGCCUGUGUGGUUGGGGGCUAUCGUGUCCCAAAGAAAUCCAAAAUUGCUGUCUGAGAUGCAGGGGGGCAUCGGUAGCCUGUAACUGUUGUCAGAGUGGUAACCGAAUUGAAAUUUUGGCGAAGACAAUGUUAUGGAUGUUUUCUAUCUUUGUUUUUUAUUUAAUUUUUGUGGGUUACUAUUA